CUCGGCUCGCUCACUCGGACGAAUUGUAACGGCCGCCAUGGAGCCCACUUGAUAUCGUGGCUUCAUGGCGCAAUCCCCUUACUCGGGUACAUACACCGAGGAGGGGGAGCGGUGCCGACGAGCAUACAGCUAUGUACGGGAAGUAAUGUAAUCAGUCUCCUUUGUCUACCACAUCCUUCCAAUUAGUUAGCGGGGCAAGCCACUACGCAACGGUGUUCUUCAAUGUCGGAUCUUCUCCUCUCUGUCUUACCCCUCUCUGGUCGAUUGCCGGGACUUUGAGAACUAUAUAUUGCGGCUUGAUCCUCGCGAUAUCCUCCUCGUCAGACGUCAAUCCACCCUAUCUAAACAUCAAACAAAUACUUACAUCUUCACACUAAAGCCGCCAUGCCUCCAACACUGCCAGGCCGUCUGGGUGACUCCAAUCUGUCUCCCAAGACCGACCCUCGCACACAUGCCCGAAUCGUCGAAAUAUUGGGCCCAUUUGGGGCCUGCGACCUCCCUCCUCCGGUUCCUAAAAUGGACAUCAAUGAUCCGAAAUCCUACGCCGAAUGGAUGGUUCAGUCGGAGGCGGGACUGAAGCUGGUAUACAACUCCCCUAAAUCGCUCUCCGUCGAGCUUCCCCCUGUCGAGUCCUCCUCGGUCACGAUCAAGGGGCGCAAGGGCAAUGACAUCGCACUGCACAUCCAGCGGCCAAAGGGCGUCUCGGGACCUCUACCAGCGGUGACCUAUAUCCAUGGAGGCGGUAUGGUCAUCAAUGAAGCCAUGCUAGACCCUCAUGUGGACUGGGCGAAAGCCAUCGCGGCUUCUGGUGCCAUUUCCAUCAUCGUGGAUUUUCGAAAUGCCCUCCCACUGGAUCCUUCCACCUCGUUCCCUGCCGGACUGCAUGAUAGCGUGGAUGCCAUCUUAUAUCUCCACUCGCAGCGAAAAGAGCUCGGGAUCAGCAAACUCAUCGCACAGGGAGAGAGUGGAGGCGCCAACCUCACCAUCGCUGCCGCCCUGUCCCUGAAGCAGGAGGGCAAGACCGACGUGCUGGACGGGUUCUAUGCCCUCGUGCCGUACAUCUCGGGCGCGUACGGCAAGUCCGAUGAAUGGAAGCUAAAGCAUCUCCCCAGCCUGGUGGAGUGCGACGGAUACAUGCUUGCCAACGACGGGAUGGCGUACAUGGCGAGGGCCUACGAGCCCACCGGAACAGCGGAGGAAAACCCGUUGGCGUGGCCGUGGUGGGCGACGGAGGAGGAUCUGAAGGGGCUUCCGCCCGCCGUGAUUAACGUGGCCGAGUUGGACCCGCUCCGAGAUGAGGGUCUGGAUUUCUCGAGGAAGUUGCGGAGAGCCGGGGUCAAUGUCGAGGCGAAUAUCAAAGUAGGACUGAUGCACGGAACGGAGAUUCUGGCGCGCGACGUGCUGGAGACGGAGCAUCUGGCAGCUGCGAGAGAUAUCGUUAGGUUUGCGAAUGCGCUUUAGGCCCUUCGUCUAGAUUAUUCGGAUUGCAAUAAUGUUGGAUAUCUUUACUCAACACCCC